GACGCGGCCAAGGGAGCCCGGAUCCACCCGGGAAGCUUCUCUUGCCCGGCGGAGCAGAGAACUGUGCAUCAGAGACCAUGGAAAAAUAUGACGUGAUUAAGGUCAUUGGGGAAGGUGCCUUUGGGAAAGCCUACUUGGCCAAAGGGAGAAUGGAUAGUGAGCACUGUGUUAUAAAAGAGGUCAAUUUUGCAAAGAUGGCCAUCCAAGAAAAAGAAGCUUCCAAGAAGGAAGUCAUUCUUCUGGCAAAGAUGAAACAUCCCAACAUCGUAAGCUUCUUCAGCUCAUUUCAAGAGAACGACAGGCUGUUCAUUGUGAUGGAGUAUUGUGAUGGAGGGGAUCUCAUGAAAAGGAUCAAGAGGCAACGGGGAGUGUUGUUUAGGGAGGAUCAGAUUCUGAGUUGGUUUGUACAGAUUUCUCUAGGACUAAAACAUAUUCAUGACAGGAAGAUCUUACACAGGGACAUAAAAGCACAGAACGUUUUUCUUAGCCAGAAUGGAAUGGUUGCAAAGCUUGGGGACUUUGGUAUUGCAAGAGUCCUGAGCAACACCAUGGAACUUGCUAGAACUUGUGUUGGAACACCUUACUACCUGUCCCCAGAGAUCUGUCAGAAUAAACCCUACAACAAUAAAACGGAUAUUUGGUCUCUUGGCUGUGUCUUAUAUGAGCUCUGCACACUCAAACAUCCUUUUGAAGGUAACAACCUACACCAGCUGGUGCUGAAGAUUUGUCGAGCGCACAUUUCCCCAGUGUCUCCGCGGUUUUCCCGUGACCUCCAGUCCUUAAUAUCCCAGCUCUUUGAAGUAUCGCCCCGAGAUCGACCAUCCAUCAAUUCCAUCUUGAGAAGGCCCUUCUUAGAGAGACUCAUUGUCAACCACUUGACUCCUGAGGUCAUUCGGGAAGAAUUCACUCACACGCUCAUCCAUCAAGCAGGAGCGUCCGCUUCUCAACCAGCUGGAAGGGUGGUCCCAGAUUCUGGAAUACAGAGAGUGAGAUUCCAGGGAAAGUGCCCACCAGGAUCAAGGAUAACAGUGCCAAAGAAAAGGAAGGACAUAUUCUGUAGACACGAAUGGAGACCACCAGCUGGAGCCCAGAAGCCCAUAUCUAUAGCAAUGGUGGAAAGGCCCAAACUUGCUGCAGUGCGUGGACAUUAUGCCUAUUACUACGCCCAACUUGACGGGUUGAGGGACAGAGCCCACGGACCAAAUUGCCACCACGAUCCUCAAAAAGAUACUGAGGUUGAGGAGACUUACAACCUGGCAGAAAUCCACAGUCCGCCUCCAGGCCAACGGACCACUGAAUACCUUCAGAGGAAACGCGAAGCUCAACAAUAUAAGCUGAAAGUGGAAAAGCAGUUGGGUCUUCGUCCAUCGUCUGCUGAGCCAAAUCACGAGCAGAGGCAAGAGCCAAGAAGCGACGGAGAAGAGCCUGGAUUCCAGGGGCCGCAGUUCAGGAGGAAUGAAACGAAGGAACAGGAAUAUUGGAAGCAGUUGGAGCAAAUACGCCAACAGUACCACAGCGACAUGAAGGCAAUUAGAAAGAAGAUGGGGUGUGCCCUGGAGGAGGACUCAAAAAUAAGUCAUAAAACCUAUUUGGUGAAGAAGAGCGACUGGCCCAUCCACCAAGAGGCCCCUGAGGAAGAAGCACGUGUGCAGGCUAUUGAAAGAGACUUGAAACAAAGUAGACUUCAGAGCAGAAAGGAAAGUAAAAUUCCAGAACCAAAACAUAAAGCUAAGAGAGGAGUAAAAUUUGAAAUUAAUUUAGACAAAUGUAUUUCUGAUGAAAACAUCCUCCAAGAGGAAGAGGCAAUGGAUGUACUGAAUGAAACUCUGACCUUUGAGGACGGCCUGAAGUUUAAGGAAUACACAGGUAUAAAGGAGCAUGGAGAUGACACAGACAAAGCAUUGGAAAAACUCUGUUGCCCAGGAGCAGACCCAGAGUUCUUCGUUCAGGAUGCUGCUGCUGCUGCUGCUGCUGCGAACCGGAGACAGUGGGAUGCUGAGGCUCCGCAGACUCUGCUACAGAUGAUGGCCAUGGCCGAUGUCACCUCCACCUGCUCCAUGGUGCCCAAGGAUGGCCACGGGAUGGUGAUUGACGGCCUUCCAGAAAGUAGAAAACAGUGGCGGCAUCAAGCGCCGGCAACUUUAAUGAGUGUUUUGGCAGCCGCACAGCUAACAAAUAGCUCCUUUUCUGCCAGCAGCGGAGAGUUUGUGGGAACACUAAAACAGUGGCUUCCUACAGAAGAUGAGGGGAAGGUGGAGGUGGCCUCCGAUGUCGAGGUAGAUGGAGAACCAGAACCAAGAUCUGACGAUGAUGAUGAUACAAAUUUUGAAGAGUCUGAAGAUGAGCUAAGAAAUGAAGUGCUAGAAUCCCUGGAAAAACUCACGACUUCCAAAGAGGCAGAAAAAAGAGAAGAAGUUUCUGGUUCUUCUAAGGAUAAUGAAAACUUAAGAGAGGGGACAGGCAUGCAGAAAUAUGCAGAAUUAAACGAAGGUUUGGAGAAUAUUUCUACUCUAUCUGAUGACAAAAUUUGUGUUGCAGAAGAUGACCAUGGAACUCCAACCACCAGUCAGAAUAUACAAGUGUGAUUAUUGAACUUUUUCUUAAGUAGUAAGUUAGUGUCUAUUACCUAGUGUCUUUUCAGAUACAAGUCACAAAUAUUCAUUUAUUGUAAGAGUUGUCCAGUAAUCUCUAAGCUUAGUAGUUUUUCUCUCAAUUUAGACAAUAGGACUAACUUUUGAGUGUAGAAAUGAAUA